AUGCCACAUAUCAUGGUCAAGAACAAAGAUAUCUCUGAGAUAGCCACACCCGCCAAAUCUAAGAGUCCCAGCACCAGUAAUCCACUUCACUCACUUUCUUCUACACCGUUGUCUGUACGCAAAAAGGCUACUCAGUGCAUACAAGGAUCAGAUCUGCCUGUGCCUUCUCCCAGUUCUUCAUUAAUAGAAGCUGAUGCCGACUUGCAACCAGAAUCGGUUUCUAUAGCCAGUAGUUCGAUGAAGGAGGCACAAAGAGCAUGCUAUCUUGAUGCUUCUGGACUUGAGACAACUCCAGGAAUACCAAUUUUAGACCAGCUUACUGGAGUUACUACUGUUCCGUUUAGAGAUGAGUCUACCAAAUCUAUCAAGUCAUGCAGCGAAGAUGAUAACAGCAACGGAACUGAGAGUCGUGAAGAACUGAGAAAGUACUCAGUACAACAAGUAAGCUACGGGCCAACUGAAAGUGAUGCUGGGUAUGUUUCACGGAAGGCAUGCUAUCUGGGCAUCGAGAAAACGACGGCGAAAGAUGAGGGUGCUAAUUUUAUUGGGCAAAUUCUUGCUGAAAGCGCCACAGAACAAAAGAGCCCAGCUGUGAUAGAGUCAUACUUCACCAAACAGAUCGAACCGCCAAUCUACAAGACCCAUCGUUCAACAGAAAGGAAAAUAAAGUCCCUGACACCUCAACCAAUACUUAACAAGGAUGGGAUGGCAGUUGAGACGGGUAAACAAGGAGUACACCACACCAGGAUACCAGAGAAGCAGAUCCUCAUCAGAACGUCUCCUCCGUUCAAGAGACUGAUCCAGACACCGUAUGGAGACUUCAUCACAAAAUUUGAGUGUCCAUCUUUUAAUGUCACACGAUAUAACACAUUAUCACGAUUGAGGUGGAUGAGCUAUCAGAUCUCGCACUUUGAUAAUAAUCUUAACCCUGACCAAAAGAUGCAGCCAGCAAUCUCUAACAUAUUCUAUUUUCAAUCCGAGAUAUACCAGAUUAUAAAAGAAAAACUGUCCUCUUCAAGGUCUGACACCUCGAGGAGGUUUAUAUUCAGCACAGACGAGUUGGAGUCAAUACUGGAUGAUUUUGAACGCUACUACAAAGAGUUUGAGUCUCUCCCCAAGCCAGUGAUCAUUCCACAGGAGUAUGCACAGGUACAUGAAAGUAAUUCUGUUGAUAGAUAUGGAGGUAGCAAGGUUCCUGAGUUCGACCAAACAAUGUUUCAGGAUGAUAAGUUUCGCUACCACGUAGACUUGCUCGGGGAUCAGUUCGGGUUUAACGCUAUUCGGUGUCCUGCACCAGUUGAGGAACUCCUCCAUAACGAAGACUUGGCAAUUGCAGAUGCGAACACAACCAUAGAAUCCAUUGAGCGUGCUCGGGCAAUACGAUCCAUGGAGAGGAGUGAAGAGCAUAAGCACGAUAGACAGAUGGCUAUGCUCAUAAGGGAGAAUCAGAAGAUAGACCUAUUUAACCCGAGGCUAAUAACUUCUUCAGACACAUAUACAAUAAUGGACACAGAAUGCAAAAUAGAGGCAAGCCAUGAGGCAGGGUACCUGAGACUAGACAGCUACGUCGCAGGGUCGCCGCUUCCAGAGGGGUCCAUUUCUAUUUCACAGCUCAUGCAGCACGGUCUCUCGGUUGUAGAGGCAGAGAGAAGCGUAGCAACAUCUAUAUACAAAUCAAGCUCAACAGUGAGCUUUACGCGUGCAUCUUAA